CUCGGGCGGGCGAUUUUGAAAGCGGUCCAUGGUGUGCAGCUUCAGCAGUGACAGCCUUGUGUUUAUACCUGGUUCGGAAUAUUCGAUUUUUAUCAAAUUGAAGACAUUGCUCGCUGAACGCUUUACGGACGGGAUUACAGCAACAUGAAGGGCGGAACUCCUCCACCCGUGUUGGGGGAAUCCAACCUACAGCGGAGACGCUCUGAGCGGAUAACCUCUCCACCACAAACUACGGUGAAUGUUGACAAAAUGGCGCCCUUGAAGUCUGUGAAAAGAUCCAUAGUGGUUAAGAAGAUCGCCCCACGGAAAACUGUGCUUCCGUCGGAGCACGAAAAAGAGAACGCGCCUCGAAUCUCUGAGGAAAAUGUGCCGAAAAAGCCCAAUAUCUCCACCCCGGAUCCCGUGCAAGUGGUGCGGCGGAAGAAGGCCACGAUGCCCUCUCCCAUACUGGCUUCGUCUCCACCGCGUCGCUCGCCUCGUCUUCCUCCUCCACCUCCAUCAUCUCCUCCACCUCCAUCAUCUCAUCCCCCAGCACAGCCAACAGCAGCAGCGGAGGACCCGGUAUGGUCCACUAAAGUGCGUCGGUCCUACAGUCGGCUCAGCGACCAGUCGAUCAACAAGGCCAAUCCCCGGGAAACUAUGUUUGGGUUUGAGAAUCUCUCUACCCCCGAGGUGUUUAGCAAGGCCCUGUCCAAAUCUGGCAACGAGGGUGUGUGCUCUCUAUCCGGGUUGAGCUCCUUCACCUCGCUGAUGGACGCGGAGGAGAACUGCCCCGAGCCGGACAUGAACAUCCCGGGGGUCUGUAUGGGCAAAGAGAAGAAGAAGAAGAGGAGGAAGGUCCAGAAGAUAGACGUUCAGGAGAUUGACAGCCUCGCUGCCAAGAUGAAUGCUGAGUUCGAGGAGGCGGAGGAGUUCGAGUUGUUUGUUGAGUAACUUUGGAAGACGGAAUGUUUUGAGUUGCAGAAAGACUUGUGGACUUGAUAAGAGCAAAGCAAUUGUCAACUCUUUAAAUAAAAAAGUCUGGCACUGGUUUUUACUUCAGUUGUGUUCUCCCAGACAAAGAUCAUAUUUACACAGACCAUGUAAAUAUGUGGAUAACCCCCCCAUCCCCUCUCUGAUUGUAUGUAUUCUCCUGUUGCUAUCGUUAAUAAAGUUGUUAUUUUCAUGUA